GAGUGGCCGAUAACGAGGUAGAUUCGGCCCCACGGCCGGCAGAGACUCCGAACCUCGGUAAAAAUCCAUAACCUUAAACUCAUCAGGGGUAGGUUACGUAGGGAACUCGUCGUGAGGCAGCACAUGAAAGCUCGGCCUCUAAAUACAACAUCUUUCUCCUUAAAAGAUAGUGCCUUAUUUACUAUUCUUGAGUAUCCACAACUUCUUUCCAGCAUCAUCAACAGUAAUACAACGCGUUCAAUUGGAGCGGCGAAUAGCACAAAAUGACAGUCAUUGAGGAUAUAGUUAGACCGACUCUGCUACGACCACCAGAGCACGAUGAGAAUAAGUCUCUGAUUGAGAAUGUAUUGGAUGUCACAGAGAUCAAGGUUCUAGGCCCUGAUAUCUUCACAAACACACAACCUCAAUGGCAUCCUCCCGGUGCCCGUGGUAUUUAUGGAGGUGCUGUCAUCGCACAAUGUCUUGCUGCCGCGCAAAAGACAGUCCCAGAGACGUUCCUGGUCCACUCAUGCCACUGCUACUUCCUCCUCGCGGGCAACUCUGAGAUACCCAUUCUCUACCAUGUUGAGCGUGUACGCGACGGACGCUCAUACUCAACACGCACGGUUCAAGCGCGGCAAAAGGGUGCGUGCAUCUUUACCACCACCAUCAGUUUCGUGCGUGAGACACCUCCUGAGAAGAAGCGACGGGAGGUCAGCCAUGCGGCAAGCCUGCCAAAGGACGUGAGCCCACCGGCAGAUGACUGGGAUGGUGAGCCAGAGUGGGCAAGAACUGGACCAUUUCAGAGCCACAGAAUUGAAGUAUUGGGCGCCCAGGACCCAAACUGCAAGCCACAGGACCGCAAGAGCAGACAGUGGAUGCGCUCGCGGCAAAAGAUCUCAGCUGGAGGUGGCCACCAAGCACAUCUCAACGCACUAGCAUACAUGUCAGACAGCUACUUCAUCGGCACAGUCUCCCGUCUCCACGGACUAUGGCGCUUCCCAUUCUCGCCUGAAGAGGUACCCUCACUGGACGAGAAGACCCAAGAGCAAGUCAAGAGCCUGUGUGAAUUUGAGGGCAUGGGUAGUAACGUUGAGGACUGGAAGGGGCGGGCACAGGUGGGAAUGCUUGUGAGUCUGGAUCACAGCAUCUACUUCCACGAGCCAAUGGCUGUCAAGGCGGAUGAGUGGAUGUUUACGGAGAUGGAGAGUCCGUGGGCGGGAGAUGGCAGGGGUGUUGUCACACAGAAGAUAUUUGGUAAGGAUGGGGCGUUGCUGGCGACGUGUUUCCAAGAGGGCGUUGUUCGACUUAAGCAGGAUGGCGGAGAGAAGGGCGCGAAGCUGUGAUCUGUCUUUGAGCUGUGGCAGUGUUUGUUCGUUUCGUUUCAUUUGUUGACUGAUACCAUACAUAGUAAUACUACCUUUGACAACCACGUCACACUUCAACCCUUUCAAUGACUUUCGGACUGAACAGUUGGUUGAUAUGUUGUUCAUCAUUCACCUACCUUUUCCCUUCAAGCAUGGGCUGUUCAUUGGCUUGUUCAGAGCAUGUGUAUGGCCAAAGCUCUAUUCAGCAUGUCAUGUCUAGGAAAGUUCUUCAGACGUAUCAGCUACAGUAUUGUGAUGGC